GGCCUGAUAACAUUUAAGACAAGCAGAAUAAGAAAUAAAACCAGAGUAGACCCAGACUGACGGGCUUCAUUCAUGGAUCCUGUGUGAUUGUUAGUGGGCGGAGCCAGCUGGCCGCAGACCCCGCCCACUACGGAAGCACGGGAGGCUGUGAGACACGUGAUCGAUUCAGCAUGGAGGAUCUGUCUGCUCAGCUGUCUGAAUGAGUUUAUGGUUUUACACCGACGGCUCCUGAACGGCGGCUCCGUGGAUGCUUCAGGGAGCAGCGGGUGGAGAAGCCGAGCAGUCCGCCUCCAGUCUGGCAGUUUGCUGGAAGGAAUCCAACACUCCUGAGAGGUCUCCUCCUGAAUGGGUGGAACAUGAUGAUCACUAAAUCCACCAAAGAGGUGCACUGACACCCACACUUCUCUCCUCGGCUUUUCUGCCAAGUUGGCACCAGCCUGUAAAAUGAUGAACUCUCACAGUCACCAAGUGGAUGUGAGCACAGCGGCGCUCCCCUCGCAGGUUCCCUCUGUCACCUCAGCUAUCCUUCCCAUGGACCUGCGUGUUGUCGACCACCCUCACCACCACCAUCAGCAGCCUCCCUUCGGCCUGGUCUCCCAACCCCACCCCACACCAGCCCCCUCCACAGCCUGCCCUGCAUCAUUUGAGCCAGGCAACGGGCCAGUCAUUGGCCGUCAGGACCAGCACCCGCAGCAGGAACUGGUGGCUCUGAAGCACAAGCAGGAGCUCCAGAGGCAGCUACUAAUUGCUGAGUUUCAUAGGCAACACGAGCAGCUGUCACGACAACAUGAAGCCCAACUGCAGGAACAUAUUAAGCAUCAACAGGACCUGCUGGCCCUCAAGCAUCAACAAGAGCUGUUGGAUCAUCACAGGAAGAUGGAGCAGCAGCGCCAUGAGCAGCUGGAGAAGCAGCAAAGGGAACAGAAACUCCAGCAGCUGAAAAACAAGGAAAGGGGACAAGAAAGUGCUGUGGCCAGCACAGAGGUAAAGAUGCGACUUCAGGAGUUCGUCCUGAACAAGAAGAAAGCCCUGGCUCAGCGAAGCUUAAACCACUGUCUGCCCAGUGACCCACGCUAUUGGUAUGGAAAAACUCAGCAUAGCUCCUUGGACCAGAGCUCACCCCCUCAAACAACACUGUCAGCGUACACCCAUCCAAUGCUGGGAGCAUUCGACUCGAAGGACGACUUUCCUCUGCGGAAAACGGCCUCGGAGCCCAACCUGAAGCGUCGUUCAUGGCUAAAGCAGAAAGUGACGGAACGCCGAAGCAGCCCUCUGCUCCGCAGGAAAGAUGGACCAAUCACUAGUGCCAAGAAGAGAUCCCUCGAUAUAGCUGACUCUUCAUGCAACAGUGCACCAGGCUCUGGCCCCAGUUCCCCCAACAACAGCUCCAGUAACAUCCCCAGCGAAAACGGCCUCCCAAUCUCUAGCAGCCCAGGAGAGGCCUCUUUGAUUCAGAGGCUGGCUACCAGGGAGGGUUCAAUCAGCCAGCUGUCUCUCUACACAUCACCUUCUCUGCCCAACAUCACUUUAGGACUGCCUGCCACAGGCCCUGCUAACUCUGUGGUAUCGGGACACCAAGAUGGCGAGAGUCAUCUGGCACUGCCAGCAAUACAGCCGGGCAUUCCACUGACCCCGGCUUUUCUGCCCACCUCCCACCUGCCGUCCUACUUGGCCACUUCAGCGUUGGACAGGGAGGGGCCUAUAGGAGGCGCAGCUGGUCACAACCCCCUCCUCCAACACAUGGUGCUAAUGGAGCAGAGUCACAACUCAAUGGUUGGUCUGGGUGGCCUGCCUCUCCCAUCUCCUACCGUCUCCAAGCUCGUGCGGGGCCACCGUCCACUGGGAAGAACCCAGUCGGCCCCGCUGCCCCAGCAGCCGUGUGGACAGGCGCAGGCCUUGCAGCAGCUGGUGGUCCAGCAACAGCACCAGCAGUUCCUGGAAAAGCACAAACAACUGUUCCAACAGCAGCAGCAGCACAUCAUCAAUAAGAUUAUGUCCAAGCCCGGUGACCAGGUGUCAGUUGCAGGUUCCGGAGCCUCUGUGCCAGGUAGGCAGCAUCAGAGUCACCCAGAGGAGACGGAAGAGGAGCUCAGGGAGCACCAGGGUCUCACCUCAUCUUCGUCGUCGUCAUCCACUUCUUCUGGGCCAGAAACAGGGUUGAUACGGGGUCUGAUCAUUAAGCAGGAACCUCCAGACCUCCAAGAGGAAGAGGAGAGGGAACAACUGGAUCAGAGGGAGAGACAGCCUGAGCAGGACUUCAUGUUCAAACAGCAGGCGAUGCUCUUAGAGCAGCAGCGGAUCCACCAGCUGAGGAGCUACCGAGCCUCCAUGGAUGCAGCCGGGUUACCAGUCAGCGUUGCUGCACAUCGUCCUCUGUCCAGGACUCAGUCAUCUCCAGCCUCUGCUUCCUUCCCCAUUGUAGUCCAGGAGCCUCCAGUGAAGCAUCGAUUUACUACAGGUCUAGUGUAUGACUCCUUGAUGCAGAAACAUCAGUGUAUCUGCGGCAACGCCACUAUUCAUCCAGAACAUGCUGGUCGUAUUCAGAGUAUCUGGUCCCGGCUGCAGGAAACGGGCCUCAGGGCUCAGUGUGAGUGUAUCCGUGGUAGGAAGGCCUCACAAGAGGAGUUACAAAUGGUCCAUUCUGAGGCCCACGUCCAGCUGUACGGGACCAACCCGCUGCGACAGAAACUAGACUGUUCUGUGAACCCCAUGUUUGUGAGGUUACCAUGCGGAGGCAUCGGGGUGGACAGCGACACAAUCUGGAAUGAGAUCCAUUCGUCUACAGCGGCUCGUCUGGCCGUCGGCUCUGUGGUGGAGCUGGUUUUCAAAGUAGCGGCAGGAGAGCUGAAGAACGGUUUUGCUGUUGUUCGACCACCUGGACACCACGCUGAGGAGAGCACACCCAUGGGCUUCUGUUAUUUCAAUUCUGUCGCCAUUGCAGCCAAGCUCCUGCAGCAGAGGCUUAAUGUCAGCAAAAUCCUCAUAGUUGACUGGGAUGUGCACCAUGGUAAUGGCACCCAGCAGGCCUUCUACGCAGACCCCAGUGUUAUGUACUUAUCUCUGCAUCGCUAUGACGAUGGGAACUUCUUCCCAGGCAGCGGCGCACCUGAUGAGGUGGGCAGCGGUGCAGGUGUGGGCUUCAACGUGAACAUGGCAUUUACUGGAGGCCUUGAACCUCCCAUGGGGGAUGCAGAGUAUCUAGCUGCCUUCAGAACGGUGGUGAUGCCCAUCGCCAACGAGUUCGCCCCAGAUGUGGUUCUGGUGUCCUCUGGCUUCGACGCAGUUGACGGACACGCCCCACCCCUGGGAGGAUACAAACUGACAGCCAAAUGCUUCAGCUACCUGACCAGGCAGCUGAUGGACCUGGCCGGCGGUCGCUUGGUGCUUGCCCUGGAAGGGGGUCAUGACCUCACAGCCAUAUGUGAUGCCUCUGAAGCCUGCAUUUCUGCUCUGCUCGGCAAUGAGUUGGACCCCAUUCCUUACGAGGUGCUUCAGCAGAAACCAAAUGCCAACGCUGUGCGCUCUAUGGAGAAAGUAAUCGAAGUUCAGAGUAAAUAUUGGCGCUCGCUGCAGCGUUCUGCCUCUACACUCGGUUGUUCGCUGAGCGAAGCGCUGCAACGCGACGCGGAGGAAGCUGAAACGGUCUCAGCCAUGGCUUCAUUGUCUGUCGCUAACAAGCACAUCGGAAAGAGGGCUGAAGAGGAGCCGAUGGAAGAGGAAGUUCCCAUGUAAAAGACAUGGUUAGUCUUCAGCUUCCAAGACCAGUGUUCAGCUUUGGAUGGGUCCUCAUCCUGCCUGUCAGUCUGGACUCCCAGUAGAUUAUUUGUCUCACUGCUGUCGGACCUGAUCGGACCUCUCUCUUUCUGAGAUGUUGGCAGGAGCUGAUGAAAGUGGCACUUGCACAGGAAGCAGAAGACAGCUGGAGAUGAGCUUAGUUGCACACAGGGCAGUUAACAUUAAUGUGUUGGACACAAGAGCCAGUUUUUCCACAGUCAAAGCCUCCAGCGCUUUUAAAAAACACUAAACUUGUACAGUUUGACUGCCAGUCUGAACCGUACCGAGACAUAAAGCAGUCGUCUACUUCUCAUAUUUUAUCUGGUUUUUUGACUUAUCCAAACCACCUGAGCUAUUCUUCGUGUGACUCUGCCCUAAAGGACGGAUGCCUGCUUUUCUAAGGUAUCCGAUUGAGAGGAAGAACGGUUUUGAAUAUCCUGCAUUUUUCCGAGGUAAAGUUACAUAAAUUCCAAGGAUUCGGACAGUAACAGACAGUAAAGUUUGUGCCUUUUUUGUUUUUAAAAAUGGUGGAUCUUCUGUUGAGCUCCACUUAAAGAGCUUUGCCUUAAAAAUUGUUUUUGGAAUCUUUUCACUAUCCACUCAGACGUUUCUGUCCUGGAAAGAUAUGAGCUGCCUGCGUGUUUCUGGCACAUAGACUCGAGAACAUUGGCAUGUUUACCUGUAUUAUUCUGCUAGCAGUCUACUGUCUCUCCCUCCAUUUCUUGAAUUUUUCUCUCCUUUUGUAACAUCUCGAAAGGUAGUUCUCAAUCAAAAGCGGGUGAUGAGUUCAAGAAUAUUUAAAAGGAGAAGCCAUCAUGUUUUUGUGGAUUAUGAAAGCUAGAAUCAUCUUUAUUAGACAGUACCGCAUCCAUAAAGGGAGACCGUUGGGUUUUUGCUGUUUCAAACAUACAGAGUGGUACACAAAGGGUUGGCAGUGACCGUUUCUACAGUAGAAUCUGUGUCACUUUCUAAAAAUAUUGAGGGGUGUAAUUAUUUUCAUCUGGACCAAUUUGUUUUUACCGUCCCACCUGGGAUUCUGUGGAGGGGUGUUCUGGAGCUGCCGUGGCCCUCACAGCUGGUUAUACAUCUUUAGGUCCUGGUUAGAAGCACAUCUGCUCCCCAAAUGUCAGGUGCUGUGAAGGUGGGCGAACAUCCCCGUCUGUUCACUGAAAUACAAGCUGUUCUUCAUCAGUAUGAAGCAGUGUACACACUAAUAAUGGGUUUUUAUGUAUAACCCAAUUUACAUAUUAAUUAGUUUACAUUUCCUUACACCAUUUUUUAAUAUCUUCAGACUGCGCCAACAUUUGGUACAGAUAUGUUACCACUGAAACCCACAAGGGGGCAAACUAUACACUCAUUCGUGCCUUUAGUGGCCCCAUUAUUUUCUUAUAUAUUAGGAAGAUGCAGAUUCUCGACACCACUCUGAGACCCAACACCACUUUAAGGCCAAAACCCUUUCUAGUUUAUGCAUGAUGGAAAAAAGUGCUGCUUUACUUGUUCUGUUGGUUGCAAUCUGCUAGUUCACCACUAGAUAAUUGGCAAUAAAAUACUCCGCUGAACCGGAAACAUUUUGAAAUCCAGGAUUAUGGUUAGUUUGAGCAUUAUGAAUGUGGGAAUAUGUUAUAAUAAUAAUACUUCACACACAUUCAUUUCAAAACAAUGCAUGGUGCAGCUUUUCCAUAUUCAUUUGUAAUCAUCCAUCUAACUUUUUCUCCAGCUUCUGGGAAAACUACCUUUUGACCUUUUCCUGAUUUACUGAACUGUGGUUGUUUUCUGAACAUAGAACUCUGAUCUUCUGAAGAUUCCUGCCAGAAACGUCAUCCAUUUCAUUGAUUUCGUUGCUCUUCAGUGACACGAUGACUGUUUGGGCACACCAUUCACACUUUCUCCGUUUCUUUGUAAAGCUGUCAUACUUCACAGCAGGUGAGGGUUCAAACUCUGUUUUGUAGUGAACCUUGUAUGAAAACAUUUCCAAGUUCAUGGAUUUUUUUUGGUGGGAGUGCGGGAGUGUUGGGAAAUGUUUCUACUUCAUAAAAUUAUGGAAAAUUGUGUAUUUACUGUCUGUUUAUAGUAGAUUUAUAUAUAAAAGAAAGUAUAUUAUAUAUCUAUACAUACUGAACACUUUGAUCUUGUUUAAAAAGCAACACUGAUGGUUUCUAUCGGUCGUAUGUGCAGUGGGUCCAUUUUAACGCCAUUACUGAAGGCACCUUGGCUGUCCUUGGUCACUGUUGAUGUUUAUUGCAGCGUUUUCUGUCUGUUUUACUCGUCUUUAACAAGUGAUGAUUUAUCACUUUUAUUUAUCUGAUGGGUACCACAAACACUGUUACAGUAUGCCUCAUGCACAUAUCUUUACCAUUCCAUGUUUAUGAUGCUGUAUGUUUCGCUGUACUUGUAGGAAAGCUCAGAUCUGUGGGGGACAUUUCAAUUUAAAAUUCUGUAUUUUUUUUUUUCCCAUAUUUUACUAAGAUUUUUUAAGCAUUGGCCUUUAGAGGGGUGUGGGCAGUUAAUCCGACCUGCAGAAGAUGAUGCUCAAAAAUCAGCUGAUUUUUAGGUAAAUAAUCAUCUAGUGUAAACUUGAAGACCAUGGUAAUGUUUAUUAACUACAGCCAAUAUAAAAAGUGGAUACUCCUGUUAAGUUGCAGGUCUUUCUGAGACCUUGAAAAGUCAUUUACAAACUUUCUUCUACUUUAAUGUAAUGUACAUUCUGUACAGUUCAACUGCAAAUCAGAUCUUUUUGAUAAUUAUUAUAAUAUAAUAUAAUAUAAUAAAAAAUUGUCGUGGGGGUACCUGCUUGCAGAAAUGUGCACACCUUUAAAUUAGACCAUUCCAAUUUAUUCCUCUUGUGCUGAAGCCAUUUUUUGAACAUUUUCUACCACCAGGUUUGGAGGCGUUUUAUCCAGGCUUGGAUGUUCGCUUUGAGAGGAAAAGUAUUUGAGUUGCAGCUUUAUUCUUUAGUCCUGACAGAUCAAAGAUGCAGGAGAAUGCUGUCAUAUAAACAACACAACCAGUAAGAAGCUGCAAUGUGUUCAGCUUCUUCGGUGUUACCGUUAGCCUCUCUAAUCAGUAUUUAUUUCUAUAUAUUGAAUACUUAAUAUAAAAAAACGCAGUGGAUUUGUUUUGUGUUCCACUCUUCACUUUUGUACAAAUUAGUUAAUUUUGAUCAGAGAAAUAAAAACGACAGCUGAACUUUAUUUAGAAUUGUGAAUUGUUGGCAGGUGUGAACUCAGGAAGACUGAAUGCUGAAAUUAAAUCACAAUAAUGUUUUGCAGAGUAUUAGUUCAAGGAUCUGCACACUUAUGCAAUCAAGUUGUUUUUCCCCAAAUACCAGGUUUUUUUUCAGUUCAACAGUUUAGGAAAUAUCACACAUUACAGGUGGAAAAUGUUUGAAAAUAAUAGUUGCUUUAGUUUCUUUGGGACAUAAAACCUUAUAGUGACUGUUUAGAGACACUGUAGGUUCACAGCAUGAAUCAAUGCAGUUGCUUUAAAAUGGUAGAAAUUCACUUUGUUCUUGGCUCUGUGCUGACUAGCUCUUAGCUCGUCUGCAUGGUCAGAUAUUUGUUUUGAUCAUUUAUCCAAACUGGGGUCAUUUAGAGAGUUGCCUACUGCAGGAAAGAUACUAAUUGCUCAUACCCUCUUUACAAAACCCCACUGAAAAUAAUCUGAACUGAACCUUUAAGGUUUAUAAGAUCAUCCUCUUUUGUAGCUUAAAAUAAUAAUUGAUGGGUCAAUUUGUUCUGCUGCAUUUUGUGAUGAUACAAUGGUUCUGUGUAAUCAGUGAUUUGCUCAUCACGAUAUUCUGAGCCUUAAAUUUAGAUAACUUUUGCUACCUUUGCAGUCAUUUAUUUCCUAUGGUUGGAUUUUAGUUCUCCGGUCUAAAAGACCCCAACAGAAGUUUUUGUCUAACUAGCAAAAACCAAAACAAAUAUUUUUAACUAUGGGAUGUCUGCUGAGUGACUUAUACUUAACAAAAUUUCAGCAAACCUUUUCUUUGCAUUUGGACUGAUUGUAUUUGAUCUCCAAUGGCUUGAAUCAAGCCUGAUUCUGGGAAUUAAGCUUCAUGCCCUAAAAAGAAGAAGACAAUAAAUAUUCUUUUCAUUUAACCUCAGAAUAUGAACUCAACAUUAUCCUCAUGUUGGGUCCAAAUUUUCGAAGGGGGGGGUCGAUGGGUUGAAUCACAGUUUAGAUGUAAAUAAUUUUCUAUAAACUAGGAGGAGAGCUGAGAGGACAUUCGCAGUAGGGCAUCGGUAGACAUGCAUUUUUCUAUUUCUCUUUUCAUUCCCUUUUUAACCAAAACACGCACACUGCUUUGCAGUCUUCUGUAACUCUGGGCCUGUUUAUUGAGUGCAUAUUGAAUGUAUACAGAGGUAACUGAGGUUAGGGUGAGGUGACGUGACCUCAUGCUGAAUCUGAGGACAUCUCUGCACACGUUAACUCACUCAAGGAGAACCUUCCCAGAACUCCCGUGGCUUUCCUGCUGUUUGAUGUUUUGGUUUCCCAAACACAGCCAAAACUAGCAGCGUCUGUCCUCACAGUUAGUCUUAAAAACAAAGUCCAGUUACUGAAAAGAGAAGGGAAAAAAAAUCAGCUUUUCUUUUUUAUUUGAAUGUCCAUUUAUUCAGAAGCAGACCUGCUUUUAUUUUGACUCUUAAAGCUCAGAGAACUGAGAGCUCAUUCGGGGGGUCUGAGCGAACUUCACUCCGUUCUUCUUUUCUCUCUGCAUGAUGUUUGUCUGCAUGCACCGCCUACCUGUCUGUCCGUCCGGGGUCACAUACCAGCACUGAAGGACAUUAGUACUUUCACUGUACCCAGUCUAUCUGAACUGUCUUACUUCAUGUUCAGGUGGAGUUUGGGUGCUUUUUACCUGUAGCAUAUGGAAUCGUCACACCUGGACUUGUAGAACCAGUAUCUAACACAUACCAUAGAUUUGAUUGUAUUUAUGUAGAAGCUGUUUUAGUGGGGCGCUUUGUAAACCGCAGCAACAGAACGGGAUUUGUUAUAAAUGUGGCUAAGAUGUGGCAUUCAGAGGACAAUUUUAACCGUUUGAGUCCAGUGAUGACUGGGUUCUGUGUCACAUCUGGACUUUUUUAAAGGGGUCCAUCCUGAUGCCCGGUCCUUGUUACAGUUCUAGUCCAUUCCACUAAAAAAUGAAUGGAAAAGCCAGUUUUCUGUAUAUGACCACUGUGCUUCAUAAACAAGCUGUUCCAGGUUUACACAUGUAUAAAAUGCAUUCUCUGUUUUUUUAUCGGGUAUGAUUUUGACAUGUUCUGCUGUUACAGAAAUAGUACUUUUUUUUUUCUGGGAAAACCUUUACUCUAAAAAGUUGUCUUUGACAUGUACAAUAUAAAAGUAUUGUUUUUGAAAAAAAAAAAACUGCAUUGUGUGUUUUUUAAAGUGAUCAAAAGUGAUGUAGUGAAUGUGCACAUCCUCACGAACCUUUAUCUUUUAGUAAACGUUUACAGUGCCGUGAACAAGUAUUUGCCCACUAACACAUUUCUUCAGAUUCAAAUGUUUCAGAUCCCAAAAACAGCUUGGAUAAAUUCAAAGCUUAAUGUUCAAUUUAUUAAGAGAAACAAAAAUCUGGGGCAAGAAGCAGGCCUGUUAAGUUCAUGGCACAUCAUUGCAAGAAGACGUCCUGACUUUGAGUAGGCCGUUCAAGAACCUUUAUUUCCUUCUUUUUUGUUUGAGGCUUCAGUUCCUCGUCCUGCUUGAGCUUAAGGUCACAAACUGAUGGCUGGACCUUCUCCUUCAGGAUUGUGUGCCUAAAAGCAGAGUUCAUGGUUGUAUCAAUAUGGCAAGUCAUCUAGAUCCUGAAACAGCAGAGCAGCCCCAGACCAUCACACUACCACCACCACCAACACAUUUGACAGUCGUUAUAAUGUUUUACGUACAAUUUAAAGGGAUGUAAACCUUCCAGAAAGGCACACCUUACUGUCAUCAGUCCACAGAGUUUCUUCAUCAAAGCCUUGGGUGCCUUUGUGUUCGUUUUGAUCAGCAGUGGUUUUGACCUGGAUCUUGCAGUUAGAUGAUUGUUUCACUAGAUGAGCUGCAGAUAGAUGAUGUUCUAUGUACUUUUGUGACCCCCACUCUUGGUGUAAUUUUGAUGAGUUGGCCACUUACUGUUUUAAAUACUUUUUAAAUAAAGAGAAAAACAUGCACUGCUGUCACCAACACAACAUGUUUCUAGAGUAAAAUAGGUGAAUGAGAUUUAAGCUCAUUCUGAGUGAUUCGUAAAGAAGACAGUAAAAGAUAAACAUGUCUGAAAACUUUAAAUAACCUUGUAUUGUCGUGGCAUUACUGCACAAUUUCUUUUAGGAAAUACAACAUUUCAUUUGUGAGAAAACAUUCCACACUUAGAAAUAACUGGUAAAUAAUUGAAACUGAAGCAAUUUUAAUAUGAAGCUUUUUUUAAGUUGAAACUUAACUUGUUGAUGCAAUAAUUACUAUGAUGUUCACCAAAAGAACAAUUUGAAUGAGGACAAGGACCUAAGUUCAUCUUAUCACUAUAGACUGUAAGCAGCUCGCUUUAAAAAAAAAUUGCAGCAAAUAAUUGCAUCUUGGUGUCUCCUAGACAAACAUUUUUUGAGACAUUUCUACACAACUUUAAAAAGAGAGCUAAUAUUUGUGGAGCGUACUUCAUGUAGUAAAUGUGGUGUAAAGAAUUCCUUUCAGACCGAUGCAAUGCCUGAAUUAAAAUACUACCUUGAUUCUGAAAA